AUGGAGUUUAAUCGAAAUUCAAAGACAACAAGUGAAGAUAAGCUUCGUUUUAUAUCAUUCAAUAACACGUUGCAUGACAUUCUCAAUGAUUAUCGACAAGGUGAAAAAACAUACACUCUUGGACUCAAUGAUCAUGCUGAUUGGACACAAGAUGAAUUGAGUAUAUUACGUCGUGGCAUUCAAUUGCCUAAAGGCUGCAUCAGUAAAACGAAUGUAAAACCUGGUGAUCGUUUAUUAACAUGGAACGGAAAGCCAUCACAUGGCAGAACGACCUUACCGACAUCGUGCGACUUAACAACAAUGGUUGUUCCAGGAACGGCCGUGCCACUUGGUAUAAAUAGUGCAUGUGCAUUUAGAAGUGUGGAAGGUAGUGGAAUACAAUUCGAAUCACUUCGUUACAUUAAAAUUCCAGCAAAUAAUACUGCUGCCAUGCAACAAGCUCUGGUUGACUAUGGACCUUUGUGGGUAUCACUUUUCAUUGGUGAUCAGACGACAUUAACGUAUAAAAUGAUUUCCUCUACAUUCAACAAUUACAAAAGUGGUAUUUUUCAAGUAAAUGGAUGUCCAGCAUCGGUUAGCUCAUCAAAUCAUGCUGUUGUCAUCGUUGGCUACGGAGUUGAUGAGACAACGGGUGUGCCCUAUUGGAAAGUGAGAAAUAGUUGGGGACCUAUGUGGGGAGAUGGUGGCUAUUUUAAAAUACAACGUGGUGUGAACAUGUGCGGUAUUGAAUCCGGUAUAUUCUACAUUGCAAGAGCAGUAUAA